GAUAAUUCAAGCAGAUCACGCAACAUGGCCGAGUCUAAGGCACCAGUAACAACCAAAAAACUUAAACCUGAAGGAGAAGAUAAAGAAGGGGAGGGCACAGACAUUUCCAGCGAAUCCACUGUAAGUGAAAAGAUUGAACCAGAAAAUGAGAGAGGGGGCGAGCAGAUCGGCAAAGGUGUAGCCACCAGAGCGACUGUUGCUAUAGAUAGGGACGAGUACCUACAAUCUUAUAGAGAACUGAAAUUUGAUCAUGGACAGCUGCAAAUUAAGAACAACGUGCUACAUCGCAGACUCUCGGAAUAUUACAAGAAACGAAAGCUGGAUCAUGUUUUGAAGGCUAUAGAAGCUUCAAUCGAUUUGGAAGAAAAAUACCAAUCAAAAUUAUUAUCCUAUGAAGAACUGAAGGAGAUGGAAGAGAGGGAGGUUGCCGAAAUCAAACAGAAAGUAUCAACUGUAGAGGUGGAAUAUCAAGCGAAAUUGGAAAUAGCUGAAAAGAAAUUUGAUGAUCUUCAAGAACAUGAAAGGAAUACCGGAUCUGGUCUUAUUUUCUCCAAAAAGGGAAAACCUAUUUCUGAUAAGGCUGUAGCACGUUUCCUGAAACUGCAGCGAACGAAGACCAGGCAGACAUCAGCCAUGAUGCUUCGUUACAUAAGGGUGAGGAACGCAGUUGCUGAGCAAGAAGCGAUUAUAAGGAAACUGGAGAGGAUUGGCCCGGGACUCUAUGUAGCCCAGUACGAGCAACUGCGUAUUGACAAACUUAAUUAUACCAAUAAAAUUGAAGAACGCGAUGAUGAAUUGAUCAAGAACCGAAUGAAGUGCACUGAACACAACCAGAUCUUGGCCCAUAUUAGAGAGAAGAUGCAUCAUACUAGCGAGGUCACUGACAUCACCGAAUGUGAUCUUGGUGAUGCCGAGAUUGAAUAUCAGAGAGCCAGAGAGGAUCUCAGUCAAGUUAAGACUCGACGAGAUAAGCUACGAUGGGCGCUAGAGGCUGAACGUUUGAAAGCUGGCUUGCUUACCAAAAAGGACUUGUUGCGAGACUACCAAAACGCUGUCGACCAGUUAAAAAAAAUGAAAGAAAAGAAAGAGCGUCUUGAACAUCAAAUAGCGAAGACCAAUAUGGAGUUACGGGAAGCAAGGAGAUGCAUUAUAGCACAACCUAGCAAGGAUGAAGACUAUAGUGAUUUUUCGUAAUGCAGAAUGUAGGUACACACAAUAGGGGGGUUAAAAAGGCCACAUCAAAGCAAUUCA